AUGGCAACAACUGACGAUGACCGCAGAGAAUAUCUGCGAAAUAACGUCACCUCAGACCUUCAGUAUGUUUGGGAUGAUGCCGAGAUCCCACUAGCGUUACAAUACGAUAUGGCCCAGCACUACAAGUCGCUCAGGGUCUUCACAGCUUUGGGGGAAAACUCUGCAGAUGUGCGGACUGCAGUCCAAGCAGACUUCAACUUGGACCCAGCCAGAGACCCAGCCGUGCGGGCACAAGUCGCACAAGUGGUCGCAGCUUGGAACGCAGGAAAGGAGCUCUACACAAAGGAGAAAGAGAUCCAAGCCGAGAGCAAAGUUCUUGGCGUACCCCGUCAUCUCCAACACAGCGAGAGGUUGGCAAUGCUCAAAGCAGUCGAAAAGGUUUUAGGCCAUCUCACCGACCACGAGACGCCCAGUGCAGAGUACCUUGCCUUGAAGGUUGAAGAGUGCGAGAACGGAGAGUGUACGGCAGCAAGCUUGGAUGAAGUGUCGUCGAAGGCCGACCGCAACACAUCGGCACUGCAGACUUCGCUGGAUAGCACGGGCCAUGUUCGGAUUACCAAGACAAAAUCCAAAGGCCGGCUUCCAGAGACUACAGAAGAGUACCGGAAGUUGAUGAAGCUGGAGGCCACUACUUGGCUUUGUAUGUCAUCCAAAUUCAAGUCGAAACACUUCUUGGCAGGUUUGAAGAUGCAGGACUUCAAUCGCUUUGUGGAGUUCGUACUUGGAGAAAAGGUACAUGGCAUCAAAGUGCCUGUCGAUGGACAGCAGCAACCGUUGCGUCCACCUUUUGCCCUGGUGCUGCAAUUUGAGCACCGCCUGCGACGAGAAGCAUUCAAGCUGGUCAACAAAGGGGAGAAGACACUGGCAGAGGCCUUGGAGGCCGUCACAAAGGAUGCUGAACUCAAGGAGUCAUACUUUACCACCCCUUUGGCUCUGACCAACCACGACCCAGCUCGGCAUGGCGGUCAACGCACCUACAACAACCCCUACGACAACAAGAAGGGCAAGUCAAAGGGGUUUGGCAAAGCAGACGUCAAGCACUACCUCCAGGAGUUUGGCUUGGAGCACCAAUUUUCUUUGCAUGUUACCGAGGUCGAUGUGGAACGACAGGCCUCAGAUGAUCUGUUAAACAGUCAACUUUGGGACAAGAUUUUUCAAGAAUUAGAAGCUGGAUUAUGGGAUGUGGUGGUCAUGUCACCGCCCUGCAAUACCUUUAGCAGGGUCCGUUUCAACUGGAAAACCUCGCCCGGCCCACGGCCACUACGGAAUUUUCACUGGCCUCGAGGGUUUCCUUGGCUUACAGGUUCAAAUUUGCAGCUGACACAAGAUCACAACUAUUUGGUGGACCAGACCAUCGCCACGGCACACAAGUGUUUCCAAUGCAAUGCCGACUUUCUGAUCGAGCAUCCCGAAGAUUUAGGGGCAUGCCAUGGUGAAUGGCCUGCUAGUAUUUGGCAGUGGGAAACUAUGCAACAGCUGCAGCAAGCCACGAAAGCCACGACUUGGGCAGUUUUCCAGUGUCAUUUUGACGCGCCAUCGCCCAAGCCAACCAGGUUUCUCUCUACACUCAAGCCUUGCAAGCAGCUUCCACAUGCCACCUGGCCAGUUUUCGACGAGGACCGACAGUACUUGGGCCCCCUGCCUACGUCUUGUGGACACUCCAUGCAUGCCAAACGCCUUUUGGGCCAACUGCCAAGUGGGAAAUGGGCCACCGAGGGUUCUGCAGCUUACCCCCCGGCGCUUUGCAAGUACCUGGCCGAGCUCAUCGCCAGCCGGGUGGGGAGCACACAGGCCUCUUCACUCGGCUCUGACGCUGGGACGAAGCCUACAACCACUAUGGCUGCAGAUAGCUCUCCUACUAGGGAUCCUGCAGAAACUGGACAAACACCUACAACCCCUACAGCGGCAGACAGUCCAGACCUUGGGACGGUCGAUUCAGACACAAAUGAGCUACCAACUCAAGGCGGGCUGGAAGAGGCUCGUAACAGGGGAAAGCCGUUGGUGGUUGAAUGGGGUGGUCGGGCCAAGCCUUUUGUUGACGGGUUUGGUCUUUGCUCAGCAAACCGUUGGCGCCCAGAGAAUAGAGGUGCUUACCUUGGAAUGGAGGCGCGGCGCCUGGGACUAAAGUUAAAAGAGCUCCUGCAGGAGUUUGUGGUGUCCCAGGUCGGUGACUUGAGACAAGAAGCCUUCCACCUGGCUUUGGGGAGGCUGCAGAGUUCACCGUUUUCAGAAAAGGCUUUGCAGAAACUUAGGGAAGACUGGGCCCAGUUGUUGCCAUCUCCGGCCAGUGCCAGGGAGCUCCCGGAAGGCCAACCUUUCUUCCUUCACCUUUUGGCACAAACGCUUGAGGUCAUGGAGGACCCGGACUAUCGGGUGCUGGUGCAGGACAAAGAGUCGUAUGCAACGGGGGUUCCGGUUGGGCUGGAUGAGCCGCUGCCCAGAGUUCCAGCGGUAUUCCCACCGAAGGAGAAACAUCGCAAGCUGGACGAUUCAGACUACACCCCCUUUUCAGAAAACUACAAGUCAGCGGAGCUGGUGGCAGAGGAGAUGGAGAACAAAUUUAAAGAAGAAGAAAAGCUGGGUAGAAUGUACCCAACUACGCUGGCGGCCUUGAAAGCAAAGCAUCCUGACCGGGAAGUGCUAGUGGCGUCCAUGGGGGCCAUACAGAAACCCAACGGUGACAUCCGUCCCAUCCACGAUGCUACCCACCAUGUUCAGCUUAACAACAGGAUAGUUUUCAGGGACCAACUACAAUACCCUGGGCCGGAAGAUGCGGCUGGCGUCAUACGAGAGGUGACCGAGACAAAGGAGGCCAUGUUUUCUAUUUCAGCCGAUAUCAAGUCGGCACACCGACUGGUGAAACUGCGGAGUAGGGAUCACCCUCUCAUUUGCUGCAAAGCUUCUUCAACGUCCGAUACCAUUUGGGUUAACAAGGUUGGGACCUUUGGCGUUUCUAGCGCUUCCUACUGGUGGACACGGCUCAUGGGAACCAUUGGAAGGCUGGUGGGCAAUGCAAUGGGGACUGAAUUCAACUACCAGCUCAUUUACGUGGAUGAUUUACAUGUAGUGGUUUUUGGAGAACGCAAGUUCUUGAUGCUGUGGAUGAUGCUUGCAGCCUACGAGGCCUUGGGUACCCCGUUCCAGUAUGCGAAGUUCGCUGGUGGGAUAGAAGUAACGUUUGUGGGCUUUCAGUUGGACUAUGGACGUUGCAAGAUGGGUGUGACGGCCAAGCGAGGCCUUUGGUUGCUGAACUUCAUAAAGGAGAUGGAGGCAGCACGUUACACGGUGCACAUGCGCCGGUUUGGGGAGUUCCUUGGAAGAUUGGCCUUCCUGGCCCGAGUCCUCGUUUGGCUGAAAGCACACCUGGCGCCAUUGUAUAGCUGGGCAGCAGCCCUGGCAAAAGGAACGGUGGCCACGGCACCACGUAUGGUGGUUUUGGUCCUCAAGUUCAUUGCCAUACAGUUGGCGGACUGCAGUUUUAUGUACUCAUGUCACAGGCCCGUCCAUGUGCUGGAGGAACAGUUUAGAACGGAUGCGAAGUGUGCUCAAGGGGUUGUCGUUUUGGGCGGUCACCACAUGGCCACGGGUCGUUGGUUUUCUCUGCGUUUGGAGCCCGAGCAGGCCCCGUACCUGUUCAAGCCUGAUGGCGAAAGCAGUUGGGCAUCCGCGCCGGCGGAGCUGUUGGCCACCACCGUGGCACUGGUUCUUUUUGGCUAUGGAAAAGGAAGAGAAAGAGUGACCGUUCCAAUUUACCUGGCGGCAGGCACAGACAAUCAGUCGAAUGAGGCCCUUCUCCAGAAGGGUAGUUCUACUAAGUUCCCACUGGCUUUGGUCAACAUGCAAAUGACGCAUCAGCUUAUGCGUUGGGGGUUGAGGCUGGAGCUGCGUUGGAGGCCCCGGGCUGAAAACGACUUGGCCGACAAACUUACCAACGAGGACUUCAGCCAGGUGGACGCGAACCUGCGUGUAGAGUGCAAGUGGGAAGACUUUGAUUUCAGCCUUCUACAGCAGUUAUGGGAGGCGAGGCAUGAGUUCCUGGACAAAGACAGGCUAAGAAAGUUUGCAAAACAUGUUGGGAAUGCGAAGUUUGAGAAAACUCAGUGGUGA